AGAAACCUUAAACUUCCUCUCUGACGCAGUUCCGAUGUUCCACACGUGCAGUGAGCUCAUGUUUAGGAUAAACUCUUUGCAUAUCUCUGUAUCAGAUCUCUGGAUUUAAUCGACUGCGUUGUCAAAAUGCCUAAAGUUAAAGCGGAAAAGAAAUCUCGACAACACCAAGAGGUGAAAAGUCAAGGGAUCAUGUUCAACACUGGUAUUGGACAGCACAUUCUGAAAAAUCCCUUGGUAGUUAACGGUAUUAUUGAGAAGGCAGCCUUGAGACCGACAGAUGUGGUGCUGGAGGUUGGACCUGGAACUGGAAACAUGACGGUGAAGCUUCUGGAAAAGGCCAAAAAAGUAGUAGCGUGCGAGCUGGACACUAGGCUUGUAGCUGAACUUCAGAAACGAGUGCAGUGCACACCGAUGCAGACGAAGCUUCAGAUUUUGGUUGGUGACGUUUUGAAGACAGAACUGCCGUUCUUUGAUGUGUGUGUAGCAAAUUUACCCUAUCAGAUAUCAUCACCUUUUGUCUUCAAGCUACUUCUUCACAGACCUUUCUUCAGAUGUGCAGUGCUGAUGUUCCAGAGGGAGUUUGCCAUGCGGUUAGUGGCAAAGCCUGGAGAUAAGCUCUACUGCAGACUGUCCAUCAACACACAACUACUGGCCAGAGUGGACCACCUCAUGAAGGUUGGGAAAAACAAUUUCAGACCUCCUCCUAAAGUGGAAUCUAGUGUGGUCAGGAUAGAACCAAAAAAUCCACCACCACCCAUCAAUUUUCAGGAAUGGGAUGGUCUUGUCAGAAUUGCCUUUGUAAGAAAGAACAAAACUCUGAGUGCAGCCUUCAAGUCUGCUGCUGUUGAGCAGCUUUUGGAGAAGAACUACAGAAUUCAUUGCUCCAUGCACAACAUAGAAGUACCACAGGACUUCAGCAUUACCCAGAAACUUGAGAGCGUUCUACAGGAAGCUCAGUUUAGUGAAAAACGGGCACGAUCAAUGGACAUAGAUGACUUCAUGGUGCUACUUCAUGCGUUCAACUCAGCUGGGAUCCACUUUUCAUGAACCUCAAACACAGGAUGGCUGGACUGUAUACUGAUGAUGAUAACGCAUUUUAUUUAUAGGGCGCCUUUCAUUUAGAGGUUAGCCUCAAGGUGCUACAAUAUUAUCCUAAAAUGUACAAUAACAAACCAUAUUUUUUCACCGAAAUUGUGUUUUAAGCCAGUUUGAGAACUUCAGGCUCAAAAGAUCUCAAAAAAUAAACACAGAGUAAACUGGGAAUUCAGUUUUAAAGUUUUAAAAUUCCAUCGCACAUGUUCAUCCAGUGUUGAAGGGAAAACAGUCUGCUCUUCCUGUUCAACACAGAAGCCUCGAGUAAGUCACAACACAAUUACAUAACUUGUAAAGGGCAAAGCAGUUUAGCAGGUCAACUGCAAAAGUUCAUCACAAAAGAUUUGCUGUUGUGGAAAAUCCAGGCUUUUGCUCAGUGUUGCACAUGCAGGAGUCAUUGUACUUAUUUCAGUUUAUGCUUUAAAAGUACAAAAUGGUCACAAAGCAGCAAAAAAUCCACCAUGUACAGAACCGAGAUUCAUCAAGAUACCUUGAGGAUGAGAGUUCUGUAAUCGCAUUGUUGCACCCUGCAUUGAAAUUACAUCGGCGCCUAAAGUUUCCCAUCCCUAAUUUUAAAAGAAUUGAAAUGUAAACAUGAAACGCUAAGAGAGAAGAGGUUGUAAAUUCUCAGGUUAUAUCAAUAACCAGCAGAGGAGUAGAAGAAAAGCUGAAGCUCUAUCCACAAACAUAUUUGAUUUUUGAUCUAAAGGAGACAGUGAGGUUAUUACACUUCUCUUCUGUUAUCUCCAUAAAAGAGGAAAGCUGGCACAUGGAAUCUUUGCACCUCUUGGAGUAAUGGCAUGCAUUUUCUUUUAGCAGGCUGCAACAGGACCAAUGUGUUGGUUCCUUCCUGUGGUUUAUGACUGAUUUAAAUGAAAAAAGCAACCUUCUAAAAACAAACCCUACAUAUACACGUCUGUCAGAUAUAAUGCUUUAUAGGAACAUCCCAGGAAAAUCAAGGACUUUCAUAGUGCUGUGUCAGUACCAUCAAAUUCUCAAUACCUGUACUAAUAAGUACUGGUACCAAUGUGUGAUGUGUACCAUAGGUACAGUUUAAAAUACUGGCUAAUGUCAUCUUUGCUUAUGUAAGAUGCAUCAAAGAAUAAGAUUUGUGUUUGUUAUUUUUUUUUUUUUAAAUUUCAUACCAAAUAUAACAAUCUUGCUUUCAGUGAAGCAGACUUAUCA